CGACAAAAAAACAGCAACCUAUAGGGGCAAUUCCCCACCUGGGAAAGAGAAAACAGAGAUUUCCGAGGGCAGGGUAAAGGCAGCACGGUCUCUGGAGCGCUGCUGUUGCGGAUGUUGCUGGUGCUGAACUGAAUCAAAAGUCGAGCAGUUGUUUCCGAAGUUUGACUCAGCUUUGAAGAUGACGGGCCCUGUGAAGCACAGACAUGAGAGUGCCACAGCAUUGGAGCUCGCUGCAAUUGGCCUGGCACUUAUAACCAUUCUCAGUGUGUGGAAGUUAAAGCAGUUCAAAUAUAAGCUUCUGAAUGAAACUGGAGGUGCAAUGUUUUAUGGUAUGCUCAUGGGGUUAAUAGUGAGACAAGGAGAACAUGUGGACGACGUGGAGACGAUGUGCAGUUGCGGUGGUCUUAAUAGCACUCCUCUCAUCUUGACGGUCAACCUCACAUCCCAAUUUCACAGUUACAGACACAUUAGAAAAGUCAGCCAACGAUACCCGCUGGUUUUGAUCCAUCAUACGGAGACCUUUGAUGCCGAGGUCCUUUUCAAUCUGUUCCUGCCACCCAUCAUCUUCCAUGGAGCUUACACCCUUAAUCAGAAACGAUUCAUUGAGAAUCUCGGAUCCAUUCUGACUUUUGCUUUUUUGGGUACCAUAAUCAGCUGUAUGACCAUUGGGGCCUGCGUCUAUGGCUUCACCAGACUGAUGGUGCUGUUGGGCCGAGCAGCAGAUGGAGAUUUCUUCCUCACUGAUUGCCUGAUGUUUGGUGCCAUUAUAUCAGCCACUGACCCAGUUUCAGUCCUUGGCCUCUUGUCAGACCUCCGUGUGGAUGUGGACCUGCACACCCUGCUGUUUGGCGAGAGUGUCCUGAAUGAUGCCGUGGCCAUCGUUCUGACACAUGCCAUCACCACCUAUAACCAGAUGGGUGCUGGACACAGCUUUGACCCCCUUGCAUUCUUCCUCUCCGUCGGUCAUUUUCUUGGAGUGCUUGUCGGCUCCUUCCUCCUGGGUUUCAUAGUCACAGUCAUAACAGCCCUCCUCACCAAAUUCACUCGGCUGUGUGAGAAUCCACUGCUGGAAACAUCAGUCUUCUUCUUGCUGUCUUGGAGCAGCUUCCUCUUAGCUGAGGCUGUUGGACUUUCAGGUAUUGUGACGGUGCUGUUUUGUGGCUUAAGCCAGGCAAGGUACACAAUUCACAAUUUAUCCUCUGUGGGCAGGACCAGGACCAAGCAGCUCUUUGAAGUCUUCACCUUCCUUGGGGAGAUUUUCAUCUUCAGCUACAUGGGAUAUGUAUUGUUGUCGUUUCCUCACCAUGUCUUCAAAGCCUUCUUCAUUUUUGGCGCAUUUCUCUCUAUCUUUAUAUCAAGAGCCUGCAACAUCUAUCCUUUGUCAUUCCUCCUGAACCUGGGACGCACAACCAAGAUACCUUGCAACUUCCAGCACUUCAUGAUGUUUGCAGGCUUGAGGGGGGCUGUGGCAUUUAGCCUGGCAGCAAGAGACACAUCCACGGAAGUGAAGCGCACCAUCCUCACAACCACGCUGCUGCUGGUUGGCUUUACCAUCUGGGUGCUGGGUAUGACCGCUGAUCCUACGCUGCGCUGCCUGGACAUCAGAGUGGGGGUGGAUGCAGAUGAAAAUCCAGAGGACCUUUCUUUUGAGGUUACUACAGGGAGGCCAGACACAACACGGGGCCUGUGGCACUGUCUGGACUACAAAUAUCUGAAGCCGCUGCUGACACACUGUGGCCCUCCUUUGACUGACUCACUGCCACAGUGGUGUGGGGUAUUUGCAAGACUCUUCGGCAGAGCCCAAGUCCAGGAGGACGAAGAGCUGCGUGAGAUCGAACCAGAUGACUUCACCUUCAUUAAUUUGGAGAAAACCGAGGACCAGGUUGAAUCUCAAAGAAGCGACUCCGGAUCCGAGCACCAGGAAGACCUGCUGGAGGGAGACCUGGGUCUUGGCACUGCUGCAGCUCUCGCCAUGGAGGCCUGAAGCUCCAGGAGUUACUUCUAACCCCAGCCUUUCAGCCCCCGCUGGCCUGAGGCUAAGACUCCUGCCUCCCACAGUGAAUGGGGUCACUGGCCAGGGCAUCUAAGAGGGGCCCGACCGGGAGUCAAGAGCUGCAAUAGCUCCGGAAAGGUCAUGCACCCCCCUUGUGCUGACAUGCAUGCAAAGACACACUUGCAGAGGGAGAAAUAACAAUAACAAAGGCCAUUGCUCUUUCUGUUACUCUGCUGAUGAUUUUCUUAGCUUGUUUUGCUUUAGUUUCAAGGAAUUUAAUAGCUGACAUUCGUCGCUUAAACUUACAGUUUAUGUGCCUUACACAACAAACAGGAGGCAGAAAUUGACCUAUGUGUGCACAGUGUACUUUUGACACAGCAAGCAAAGUUAUAAUGCAACAGUUCUGGUCACACAUUAAUUGCUAGUAAAGCUGCUUCGUGCUACUUGGUUACAUAAUGUCUUGCUUUCACGCUUAAGGGGGAAUUGCUCAUGAGCAUCCACUGUGAUUGAAAGCUACGGUAUUUCCCUUAAUCAGCUGAAAUGGUAUUUUUUUGCCAACUUUGCUCUGCUCUUCCUCAACUCCUUAUUAAACUUUUAUUGCACUGUUUUCCUCCGCAAUCCUUUUUAACUCAUUCAAAAUGUAUUCCACUGAAUUUAUUAGCCCCUCGUCGCUCUCCCUGUCUUGCUUAUCAUUCUGCAGCAAGCUAAAAUACAUCCAAAUGCUUAAGUAUAUUAACAGCAUUCAGAUAAGAGACUAUGUGCAUGUGCCUUCUGAGCGCAUCUUUAUAAAUCUCAGGGCCCCCUCCCCCCUUGUGUGAAGCAGGGUGUUGUGUGCUGCACAAAUCCAAUCUGUGAAGGUUAAGCUUUGUGGAUAUGCAAACUGUUUCUCUCACAUUAAUAAAGCCAUUGUCCUUGAAGUGAGGGCUUCUUUAUGUUUUGAAUGCAUCGGUGCAUCUAUGGAAUGCUCCUCUGUUUGUGUUCUUAAUUACAAAAACAUACAAUGUAUUCCCCUUUGUUUGCACUGGAGUUUGAAUUCAGUUUUGUUCUGAGCCAAGGAGACCGAAUGAUAGCAACAGCCUUUCACCAGGAAUCCUCCUCCAUCUAAUUCAGAGUACAAUCUUACUAGUUUGUGUGGUUUGCAGAGAUUUGGAGCUACUGUCUGUACAGGUCACCUAAAACGCUCUCCCUGUAUGACAGUUCCUUCAGAUGAACCACAAACCUUAUUUUCAUUAAAAACUACUCAUUGACAUAAGCCCACCAGCUACAACAUCUAUCUCUGUGCAGGAGGAACAAACUGCUCACAACAAAGUAUUACAACUUUUCUGCGUAACCUUGAGGGAAAACUCUUGCCUGCUCAGCUUUCCGAGUGUAACUUUUUGGGCACUUGCAGCAUCACAAAACCAAAUGCAACUGAGCUCUUUUACGGAAGUGAAGCUUUAGCCUCAGCACAUCUAAAACCACAUGUAGUAGGAGGAAAACCAGUGGUCAUGUGGUUGUCAUUAAACCACAGGACCCUUUAACUUUUAUACUCAUAAGUAUCAUGUAUUUAGGCAAUUCACAUGAGUGUAUUCCCCUUGUUGAGCCAUUUCUCGGAAAUAUUUGAGGUUGUGGUGCCAAAAAAUUGAAGUUCUCAAGCGACUGUAGUAAUUACUUCUACCAACUUAAGAAUACAGUAUUUCUGACUAUUACAAAUAACAUAUUUAUGACACAUACGUAAAGGUACCCUGUGGAGGUUUGACCACUACUCACAUUAUAAAGCAAUGUUUCUAGUGUGUGCAUUCGUGCAGAUGUUGGAAUACACAUUUCUGACAAUGGUUCCACACUAUUCCACGGCUGUACAGGUAAAGUACUAAGAAAUAUCAAUGCACCAGCAAAGGCUGGAAGAAGAAGACUGCCAGGAAGUACACCGAUGUGAACCAUGCAGGUUAAGAAAAAUAUGCUUUGCAAUAAUUUCACAACGAAAGAAUGCAUUAAACAUAUUAUAUUAUUUCUUGUUUCUUACUGUUUUUAUUUUUUUGU